AAUUAAUAUAUAAAAAUGUUUGUUUUGAAACCUAGGCUAGCCUAUCUGGCUAGGGGUGGCCAAAGUCCUGGCAAAAGUAAUCAGAAGAACAGGAAGCGGAAACGUGAUUUCGAAACGAGGCUAAUGACCAAUAAUAUUGUUCUCCAAGGAAGUCCUACAGUAGCCCUGCACUCAUUAUUGUGGCACAUGACCUGUCGACAGACCACAAUGAGCUUCCUUGAAUGGGCAAUUAGAUAUUUCACGUUGUGACUUUUCGAAUGACUUCAGUUUGUGCUAAGUAUCUGCUUGUGAAUCAUGUCCUCGCAUUUUUCUGGUGAGGAGGAAAGACGGGGUCUCACUCAUUCUUUCCGCAGUCAGAUGGGUUAUGGCACUGCACCCGUGUCUUCGGCCACGAUAAAGUCAACACCAAAAACAAGGAGAUUUAUUUUACGACAGAUUCAGCAAACCGAUACGCUGAUGGGAAUUGCUUUAAAAUAUGGAACAACGGUGCAGGAUCUGAAGAAGGAGAACAAGCUGUGGACGAGCGACCAUCUGUUCCUGCACCAGUCUCUACUCAUCCCGCUCUCGCCCGACAACCAGGCUGCCAUGGAUCAGCACGACAGCAUCGUCGUCUACGACGGGACCACCCACACGCCCUCGCCGCACCAGGUGGCGCCUCCUGUGUCUUCCACCACGCUGCUCAACGGCACCUCCCCCCACGCCCCCUCCCCCCCUGCCCCUGCGCUCUCAGCUCAACCAGCGACGUCACCGAACACUUCCUCCUCCUCCGUGUCCUCGUCUUCUCGCACCGCCUGCCACACGGGGCCUGGCAACCUGCCAGGAGACAAGAUGGCUGCCGCCACUGCUGGGACGACGACGGCCGAUGAUUCCGACGAUUUCUUCAGCAAGUACGACUGCAGCAUUGCCAAACUGAAGGGGGAUAUUGCCAAGAUGGAGAGCAACGCCGUGCACCUGGAUGGCUUGAUAGAAUCGAACCCCCUGUCUCUGCCGCCCAGGAAGGGCUCCGGGCCCUCUCGCAAGGGUAGCACCUCGUCCACCAGCGGCGCCACCGCCGACCGUAGGGGGCGCUUCGUGUCGGAGGAGGCCAGGGGGCGCUACGUGUCGGAGGAGGAAGCUCACAACACAUCGCCCGUGUUGCUGAUCCGCUCGCGCACCAACGCACGCCAUGUCAGGACUAGUCUAGAGCGCUCGCGGCAAGCCAGCGACGAUUUGUUUGAGUUGUGAUGGAUUUUAUAUAUAUAUAAUAAUAUAUCUCUCUAUAUGAACAUGUAGAUAUAUAUGAAUAUAUGAUGGUGUGGGCGUGUACACGA